CCUCACUCUGGAGUCUAGAGUCUGGAGCUUGUGGUACACAGCAGUAGCAGUUGGUUGGUUACACUCUACUCACUACUACAACUCCACUGUAUCUCUACUAUCCUGCUCAACCAGCUAGCCACUGAAGUGAGCUGAUCUAGACACCAGAGUGUGAGUGCCAUUGUGUUUGCGUGUGUGCAUUGUCUCCUCCAAGGCAGCCAACCUUCCUUGGAUCUGAAGCUCAGUCACCAUUUGUUUUCUCAUCAGGUUGUUUCAAGGUGAGUGAUAAGUUGAUCAUUCUGAGAGGUUAAGAAUCGAAGGGACAGACACAGCAGCAGAAUCACAUCAGUAGCACAAGAUCUCGGAGGGCCAAGAGCGAAGCGGUGGGUUUAAGCAACCUCACAUGCUGAGUUGCUGGAACCGAGCAUAACAGCUGCGCUUCCAAAAACCCAUCAUCGCUGAGCUAGGCUUCUUGGUCUGUUCGAGAAACAAGGCGCUGUUGCCCAGGCGAGCUUGCGCUGAGCAGAUCGAUCGAGCAACGGUUUGCUCAAGUGAUCUGAAUAAGCAGCAGCAGCAAUGGCGCCUCCGAGCACGUACGUGUCAUCGGAGUCUUCGUGGUGGGGCGGCAAGGAGGAGCACGGCACGCCGGUGGUGGUGAAGAUGGACAACCCCUACUCCCUGGUGGAGAUCGACGGCCCCGGCAUGGACAGCGCCGAGAAGGCUCGGCGCAAGAACGCCAAGCAGUUCAAGUGGGUGCUCCUCCUGCGCGCGCACCGCGCCGUCGGGUGCGUGGCCUGGAUCGCCGGAGGGUUCUGGGGCCUGAUGGGCGCCGUGAACCGCCGCGUGCGACGGAGCCGCGACGCCGACGCGGAGCCCGACGCCGAGGCCUCGGGCCGCGGCCGCCACAUGCUCCGCUUCCUCCGCGCGUUCCUGCUGCUCUCCCUCGCCAUGCUCGCCUUCGAGACGGUGGCCUACCUGAAAGGGUGGCACUUCCCGCGGAACCUGCCGGAGGAGUACCUCCGCCAGCUCCCCGAGCACGUCCUGCUGAACCUUCCGGAGCACCUCCGGCACCUGCCGGAGAACCUCCGCAUGCCGGAGAGGAAGGAGAUCCAGGGGUUCCUCCACGGCGCGUACGUGGCGUGGCUCGACUUCCGCAUCGACUACAUCGCGUGGGCCAUCCAGAAGCUCUCGGGCUUCUGCAUCGUCCUCUUCAUGGUGCAGUCUGUGGACCGCAUCGUCAUGUGCCUCGGCUGCUUCUGGAUCAAGAUCCGCGGCCUCAAGCCGCGCCUCCCGGCCGCCUCCACCAAGGCCCUCAGCAAGAACGCCGACGACCUCGAGGACGGCGACGCCGAUGACCUCGACGCCUACUACCCCAUGGUCCUCGUCCAGAUGCCAAUGUGCAACGAAAAAGAGGUGUACGAGACGUCGAUCUCGCACGUGUGUCAGAUCGACUGGCCACGGGAUCGGAUGCUGAUCCAGGUGCUGGACGACUCGGACGACGUGACGUGCCAGAUGCUGAUCAAGGCGGAAGUCACCAAGUGGAGCCAGAAGGGGGUGAACAUUAUCUACCGCCAUCGACUGUCGCGCACCGGGUACAAGGCCGGAAACCUCAAGUCCGCCAUGGCCUGCGAGUACGUCAAGGACUAUGAGUUCGUCGCCCUCUUUGACGCUGACUUCCAGCCCAACCCGGACUUCCUCAAGCUCACUGUCCCACACUUCAAGGGAAACCCGGAGCUUGCGCUGGUGCAGGCGCGUUGGAUCUUCGUGAACAAGGACGAGAACCUGCUGACCCGGCUGCAGAACAUCAACCUGUGCUUCCACUUCGAGGUCGAGCAGCAGGUCAACGGCGUCUACCUCAACUUCUUCGGCUUCAAUGGCACCGCCGGCGUCUGGCGCAUCGAGGCCCUCGAGGACUCCGGCGGUUGGAUGGACCGCACCACCGUGGAAGACAUGGAUAUCGCCGUGCGCGCUCACCUCCAAGGAUGGAAGUUCAUCUACCUCAACGACGUCAAGGUGCUCUGCGAGCUGCCGGAGUCGUACACGGCUUACCGGAAGCAGCAGCACCGGUGGCACUCCGGCCCAAUGCAGCUCUUCCGCGUCUGCCUCCCGGCCAUCUUCAAGUCCAAGAUCCCGUUCUGGAAGAAGGCGAAUCUGGUGAUGCUCUUCUUCCUUCUGAGGAAGAUGAUCCUGCCCUUCUACUCCUUCACGCUCUUCUGCGUGAUCCUGCCGCUCACCAUGUUCGUGCCGGAGGCGCAGCUUCCCGUGUGGGUGAUCUGCUACGUGCCCAUGAUCAUGUCGGUGCUCAACAUCCUGCCGGCGCCCAAGUCCGUGCCCUUCAUCAUCCCGUACCUCCUCUUCGAGAACACCAUGUCCGUCACCAAGUUCAACGCCAUGGUGUCUGGGCUGUUCCAGAUGGGGAGCUCCUACGAGUGGGUUGUCACCAAGAAGGCCGGCAGGACCUCGUCGGAGUCCGACAUGUUCGCGCUGGCGGAGGAGGCCGACACCCUCGCCAGGCCAGCUGGAGCCAAGCUCGUCCGCGGAGUGUCCGAAGGCGGGCUCGAGGCGUGGGCCAAGAUGCACGAGCACGACAAGAAGGACCUGCAGCUGCAGCAGGCCGACGCGCAGGAGGAGGAGGCCAAGUCGCCGCCGGCCAAGAAGAUGAGCAAGCAGCCCAAGGCGCCGAACCGGAUCUUCAAGAAGGAGCUGGCACUGGCCUCCCUCCUACUCAUCGCCGCCACGCGCAGCCUGCUCUCGGCUCAGGGGCUGCACUUCUACUUCCUGCUCUUCCAGGGCGUCACGUUCCUCGCCGUCGGCCUCGACCUCAUCGGCGAGCAGGUCAGCUAGUGGCCUGGACAAAUAAAGCUAGUAGUGAUCACGAGUGCACGGCGACGUCCGUCCAGGCCACAUAUGCAUGGCGCAAUUCGUGGCUAUGCAUAUAUCCGAUCGAACCGGCCGGCCACAAGGAUUUUUAGCAUUUUUCUCUCAAUUUUUUUACGCUGUUGAAUUUUUUUUUGUUCAGAGAUCAAAGAGUCUAUGUUACAUGAACUUUGCUUGUGUUGUUCUAGCUAGCUAGCUAGUGCUCUGUUGCUAGGGGAAGCAUGCAGGUUGUUAAUUAAUUUCCACAAAGUACUAUAUACUCGGAGCCUUCUUGUGUUCCACAA